GAAUCAAAGACAAAAGAUAAUGCAGAAUAUAUUCCUUACGGGUGGCUAUAGUCAAGUACCUGGUUUAUCCGAUAGAAUCCAUGCAUCAUUACAAUCCAUUUAUCCUGUAAACACAAACAUUACUGUCAAAAGGGCCAAGGACCCAUUAUUGGAUGCAUGGAGAGGAGCUGCCAUGUUUGGUCAAGACAAUACAAAUAAGCAGUAUUUUGUAACAAGAAAGGAAUAUGAAGAAUAUGGCUCUGAUUAUCUCAAAGAACAUGGCUUGGGCAACAUAAAUUAAAAUUCUUUUUUUAAUAUAUUUAACUGUGUAUGCCGCUUGUAAGAAAAAGCUCUUUGAGUGAAAUAUUUUCAUUUAAGCAUCUAAAAGAAAUAACAAUAAAAGACUCAAAUAUAAACAUAGAUUCAAUCACCAUUUACAUAUCUAAGCCAACUUGUCCUUUACAAACUUGUCUGCUUAAACGUUCACAUUAUGAAAACAAAAAGCGUAGAGGGAUUGUAUAUUGCAAAGAUUGUCAGACAAUGGAAGCAAUGAAGAAAAUGAUGGAGAAUCAAGACACUUUUACUUUACUCUUAUUAGCCGGCUUUCCUGAUUUCCCCAAGGAAGAGAAUGGCAGUAUUUUAUAUAUCCUGCUUUAUCCGUUUGCGUACAUAGCAGCAUCAACCAGGCUAAAUAUGGCAUGGUCACGACGUAUGUGGACUCUUGCGUCAGAGGCAGAUCGCAUCGCAUUUACAGGUGUGUACUAUUCAGUCUUGGGAGGGGCAUAUUGUUCGUUAGGUAAACAGAAUACGCAAUAUGCGUACAAAGCAAGUGAAUUGGCCGUACGACAGAUACAGUUGGCGAGAAAGUUGAAGGAUCCGAUACUAGAGUGUAAAUGUUGGCUGUAUUUUGCAGAGGAUUUGAUUCAGUUGAAAAGAUUUAAGAAGGCUCAAAAGGUUAUCACACGCCAAAAACAGUUUAUUGAGUUGAUGCAGAGCAAUGUGGUAAGUUUUAAGUGGAAAGAGAGAAUUAAUAACAGCGACUAGAUGUGUGAGUAACAUGGCUGUUCUAGUUAUUGAGUAUGCUUGAUU